AUGGAUCAUUAUGACCUUGUUGUUUUGAAGACCAUAGCUAUAUGUGAAUAUGGGAUUCGCGCCGUGGCAGCCAAGUAUAUCAUGAAGUGUGAUGAUGACACAUUUGUUAGAGUUGAUUCUAUCAUAAGCGAGACAAGAGAAUUUGAAAGUGAUGAAAGCCUUUAUAUGGGAAAUAUGAAUUACCACCACAGGCCUCUUCGCAAUGGGAAAUGGGCCGUAACCUACGAGGAAUGGAUAGAGGAAGAGUAUCCUCCCUAUGCUAACGGUCCGGGUUACAUUGUCUCAUCUGACAUUGCUCAUUUCAUUGUAUCCGAAUUUGAACAGCAAAGAUUAAAAUUAUUUAAAAUGGAAGAUGUGAGCAUGGGAAUGUGGGUAGAGAAAUUCAACAGCUCAAAAGAAGUAGAGUAUGUGCACAGUUUCAGGUUCUGCCAAUUCGGCUGCAUUGAAGAUUACUACACCGCGCAUUACCAAUCGCCGAGACAAAUGGCAUGCAUGUGGGAUAAACUGCAACAUCAAGGUAAACCACUUUGCUGCAACAUGAGAUGA